UUCUGCCUUGCUGUGUCUGUUUCCCUGUGUCUCUGUGCUUCUGACUGUUCCUCUCCUCUCCCCGGGUCCGUCUCUCUUGCUGUGUCUGUCUUUCUCCCUAGGUUUCUUGUGUCUCCAUUUGUCCCUUCGUUACCUCUCUCCCCUUGGUUUUGCCUCUUCAUUACAGUGUCUCUUUCUCCUCUCUCUUGGCUUGCUGCAUUUCUCUAUUUCUGCCUUCGGCUUGCCGAGUCUCAAUUUGUUUUUGUCUUUUUGUCUGUCUAUAUAUCUCUGUCCUCGUCUGCCCCCUCCCCAAUCUCCCCACCCACCCACAUUCACUGUCUUGUCAGUAUGAAGCUCCUAUCCAGUUUCCACGGACUGCGACCUAGGAGGGUGUACCUGAUAUAGGGAGCCCCUCUCCUCUGACCUCCCCCUCUAACCUCCUUCCUAGCCCUGAUCAUGUCCUGCCCACUCAGCCAGACCCCCUUGGGGACCAGGACCAUGCUGGGCCAAAUGUUGUGGCUCUUGCUGGCUGCCUGGAUGCUGGCUCCAGUGUUGAGUGCUAGCCCACAGGUCCCAACAGACCCCUGCUAUGAUGAGGCAGGAGCCCCACAGCGCUGUAUACCAGAAUUUGUUAAUGCAGCCCUGGGGCGGGAGGUGCAGGCUUCCAGCACAGACCCCCGGCAGGCCCACCCCACAGCCUUCCUGACAGAUGCAAGUGCAGCCGCUGACCGUACCUGCUGGCGCUCAGAGACACUGACUCGGACACCAUUAAAUGUGACACUGACUCUACCUCUGGGCAAGGCCUUUGAGGUAGUCUACGUGAGUCUGCACUUCUGCUCCUCAAGGCCCGACUCUGCAGCUGUCUUCAAGUCCCAGGAUCACGGUCGAAGCUGGUCACCACUACGUUUCUUCUCUUCACAGUGUAACCGAGUAUACGGUAGGCCAAGCCGAGCUAUGGGACAGGCCCCUGCCCAGGCCUCUUUGGGCUCCAUAGUUCCUCGAGGUCCUGAAGCACUUUGUUCUGAGCCUCCACCAAGAACUGGUCCCCUUCUAGCCUUCAGCAUGCAGGAUGGGCUCCCACCUGGCCAGGACUUGGACUCUAGUCCUGUGCUCCAGGACUGGGUCACAGCCACAGACAUCCGUGUGGUGCUCACCAGGCCAGUGGGACCAAGGGCUACAGAGGGUGGGGUUGUGGCACCCUAUGUUUACUCGGUGGGCGAACUCCAGGUGGGUGGGCGCUGCAAAUGCAAUGGACAUGCAUCUCGAUGUGUGGUGGACACCCAGGGCCGGCUGGUGUGUGACUGUAGGCAUGGCACUGAAGGCCCGGAUUGUGAGCGAUGCAAGCCUUUCUACUGCGACCGGCCCUGGCAGCGGGCCACCGCCCAUGAGGCACACGCCUGUCUGGCCUGUUCCUGUAAUGGCCAUGCUCGUCGAUGCCGCUUCAACAUGGAGUUGUACAGAUUGUCCGGGCGGCGUAGUGGGGGUGUUUGCCUCAAUUGCCGACAUAAUACAGCAGGGCGACACUGCCACUACUGUCGUGAAGGUUUCUACCGUGACCAAACCCGGGUCCUGAGCCACCGGCGUGCCUGCAAGGCCUGUGACUGUCACCCUGUUGGAGCUGCUGGCAAAACCUGCAAUCAGACAACUGGUCAGUGCCCAUGCAAGGAUGGGGUGACAGGCCUUACCUGCAACCGUUGUGCCCCUGGCUUCCAGCAGAGUCGUUCACCUGUAGCACCAUGUGUCAAAAUUCCAGCUAUGGUACCCACAGGAGUGACCAGCACUGUGGCCCCUGAGGAUUGUGACUCUCAUUGCAAACCAGCCAGAGGGAGCUACAGGAUCAACCUGAAGAAAUAUUGUGGAAAAGACUAUGCGGUGCAGGUGGCAGUGGGUUCGGCUGAGGCGGUUGGUGCGUGGACGCGCUUCUCCGUGGCCGUGGUGUCCGUAUACAAGAGCGGUGAAGAACGCGCGAGGCGCGGGGAGAGCGUCCUGUGGGUUCCUGCGCGGGACCUGGCGUGUCGCUGCCCACGCGUGCACCCGGGGCACAGUUACUUGAUCCUGGGCGGGACAGGAUCAGGAGCUGGUGUCGGGGAGCGGGCGGGACUUACCGCCGGGCGGGGCAGUCUGGUUAUCCCCUGGCGGGAUGCUUGGGCUCGGCGGCUGCGGAAAUUGCAGCGGCGGGAGCGGCAGGGACGCUGUGGAGGGGCCGCGUGACAGGGAAGGAAGGGAGGGCAUCAAAGUAGGGUCACGGGUGAGGAGGGGCGCCGCUUGGAAACGUUUAAGUAAGCAGGCAAGCAUGUGAGGGCACAGAAUAGGAGAACAGGGAAGGAGAGGUAAUAAGAGUUCGAGGUCCUGGGACAAUGGGCCAGGACCUUGGAGAGAGAGAGCCCUCACCCGGAAACCCUGCCUGUAAAUACUGUAAAUACCUCGACCGCCGGCGGUCUUGGUCCCGCUGUGUGGUCCUUCUUAUGUAUCUGUCCUUGAGUCAUUGUAUUGAGAUCUGUAUCACUGUAUCAGUAGCUGUAUCACUUUAUGUAUAGCUAUAUUGCUGUAUCCAUUGCUGUACUGAUCCCUGUAUCGAUGUAUCCAUCGCCAUGUCA